AUGUAUUCUGGUCAAUGUUGGGGAUAUUGUCCAUUCGAUGCAGGUGAACCAUCUUUAACUCCUGAGGAGCAAUUUAUUUACAUCAGAGGACCGACUUGGAAUUUUAUUUAUGUUGGUGCUAAUGAUGUCGCAGGCGCAAUAUGUGAAAUACAACCAAUCUCAGAAGUAUAUGUUCCAUCAAUAGGUACAAAUGGAGGAUCAAUAACAAUCAACAAUCUAUCACAAUUCAACAUACAAACAAUCAACAUUACAUUUUCCAAUCCAUCCAAACAACUCUCAAAAUCAUGUCAAAUAACAUCAAAACAAGGAACAUCAGUCACUUGUACUGUUCCACGUCUAUCUGGAUUUCAUAAUGUCACUGUUCAAGAUGCUAGUGGAGUCAACUCAACACACUAUGCAUGGCAACCAUAUCCACCAUUUAUCAAAGCUGUCUAUCCAUCAUUCACUGCCAAUGGAUUGGUUACACUGAUUGGUGAUAACUUUGGUCAUAACACCAAUAAUACGGUAGCUGUCAGUGUCUCAACAUCUAAUGUACCAUGUCAUAUUACUUUUGUUUCGUCAAAUCAGAUUUUUUGUAAACUCGAAUCAUCUCUUGCUAAAGGUACCAAACUACUUCCCAUUUCAAGAUCAGUUGAUGAUGUUUAUACUCAAACCUAUAAACCUUAUAUUUGUAUGUAUAAUGAUUAA